CAGGGAGCUAGAGGAAUACAACAAAGUCAAAGAUGGCUUGGAUGGUGCACAUACAUGGGUCUAGAAUAUGGCUGGCUGUGGCAGUGAUAAAUUUAAUCCAACAGUCUACUCACUCAGAACUAUCUGGAAGACACUUGAAUCCUGAAACUUUCAUGACAAUUCCUGAAAUCAUCCAGUUCUGGGGGUAUCCCAGCGAACAAUAUGAAGUGCAGACUGAUGAUGGCUAUUUCCUGCAAUUAAACAGAAUUCCUUACGGAUUACACAGUCCUGGGAAGAAAGGACAUAACCCCGCUGUGCUAUUGGUAUCUGGUGUGGUUACUGACAGUAAGUGCUGGAUUCUAAAUCCUCCCAACAACAGUAUAGGAUUUGCCCUAGCAGAUGCUGGCUAUGAUGUUUGGAUGAUAAAUUGCAGAGGGACCACCUGGUCUAGAAGACACCAGAACUUAUCAAUUGAGCAAGAAGAAUUUUGGGAUUUCAGUUUUCAUGAAAUGGGGAUUUAUGACAUUCCAGCAGCGAUGAAAUUUAUCUUGAUGAAAACUAAACAGGAGACAUUAUAUUAUAUUGGCCAUUCCCAGGGUGCCUCAUUGGGUCUGAUUGCCUUUUCACUCCUGCCAGAGUUUGCUCAAAAAGUCAAGCUCUUAAUGCUCUUUGCUCCCACCUACACAAUGGCGGGCACUUGGAACCCUUCUAUGUUAAUUCUAUUUCUUCCGGAUGCUUUCAAAAGGUCUAUAUGGGGCAGGAAGGAGUUUUGUCCUCUUCCUAGGAAGAUGAAGAUUCUGAAUGCUGAGCUCUGCAGCUAUGCAAUAAUAGACAAGAUAUGUGCUGAAAUCUUUGCCAUGGGUUUUGGAGAUAACAAGAAGAAUUUAAAUUUGAGUCGAAUAGAUGUCUAUGCUGGAAUGUUUCCUGAUUAUACUUCAGUAAAAACAAUAGUUCACUGGGGCCAGGUGGCCAAAUCCAGAGAAUUUAAAUAUUUUGACUAUGACAGUGAGAACAAAGCUGUAUAUAAUAUGACCACUCCUCCGUUUUAUAAAGUGGAAGAUGUGACUGUGCCAACAGCUGUGUGGAGUGCCGGAAAAGAUAUUAUUACAGAUUUGAAAGAUAUUGAACUGCUGCUCCCUCAACUCACUCACUUAAUUUUCUAUAAGAAUAAUCCCAGUUGGCAACAUACAGACUUUGUUACAGGCCUUGAUGCUCCAGAGUACUUAUACCCAGAUAUGUUUAGGUUGAUGGAGCAGUACAAAUAAUGUCUUACUUAGCAAGAGGUAUAA